GGUCAUGUAGAGCUGGGAGACGUCUCAUUUUAAUCAAAAAUGUGCGGGCUACACGUAUGCAUCAUCAAGAAAAGGUUUUGGUUAUUCUUUAAAGUUUCUGAAAAACUGGUUUUCCAGAAAACUGGGUCUUCAAGAGUCAAGAGCACAAAUCCUUUUAGCCUUUUUCUUACCUCAAUAUACUCUAUCGAAUGAGAUAUGAAUGAAUCGAAACGGAGCGUAUCACUUGGGAAUGUUCCCUCGUAAGUACCGAAUGAAAAAAUUUUAUUUGAAAAAGUGGAGUUUGUCUAAGACAGUUUACAUCUGAAAACUAUCAGUUUAACAGGCCUUAAUUAUUCUAGACAUUUUGGAGUACUUUACAUCCCUAGACGAUGAGAAAUGACGGUUAAACAAGUUUAUCAUUAAAUACUUAAGUUUCGAUCAAAAAUACUAAAAAAUAUACGUAUAUGUCUAGCAAAAAUUCUCUAGUAGCUCAGAAUUACUAUGUCGUAUAAAUAAUUAUUAAUUUAAUAGUUAAAGAAACUUUUUUUGUGAAAGAAUGAAAAAAUGGAUGACCGACUGGACUGGGCGAAAAUUGUUUUUUCGGUAUAUCAAAACUAGUGUCUCUGAGUAGUCUGUUUUCUUGAUCCCACAGUAGUGAAUUUGAGAAAGUACAAGUCAUCAUAGAUCGAUCAAAGUAAAUGCAAUACGAUUACGUGUUUAAUAGUUGCCUUAUCAAUCAAUAUUAACCUCAUUUUACUGGAUGGUCAGAUUGACUUUUUUCAAACAGGGUUAAAUAGAACUAAUCUCUGAUUCGAUCAAUAUAUGUAGGAUAGUUUGUAAAAAUAUUAGUUGUUAUUUUGAAUAGAGUUGCCCUGAAAACUGAUAAUUUCAUUCAUUAGACACUUUGCAAGAAAUGUAAAUCUCUUCCUAUCGAUGAAUAUAUGUGUACGAUAAAUCUAUAAAGCUGAAAGAAAGAAAAAAAAUAUGAAUUUUUUUUUCUUCAUCUCUAUAUUUUUCUUUGGUUCAGUGCUCUCUUUUCGAACAGCUUUAAGUUGUUGUUGUUUUUUUUACAAUAAAUCUAAUUAUUUCAAUUCAAAACUACAGAUUUUUAGUAUUAAUAAGAAAAAAAUAAGUUAUUAUGAGAAGUGUAAGUGAAAUAUCUGACAUAAAAGAUUAUGGUUGGAUUUGAUUUUUGAUAGAAUAGACAACAGUAGUAAAGGGAUAAUAAAAAUAAUCUUCUUCUUUUCACAAGUAUAACAGUUAAAUUGAGUGAAUAGAUAUUUAACAUAUUUGUAAAUAUGAGCACGAAUGUAACAUUCUAAUGUUGUUAAGAAAACUCGGUCAAGGAUGAAUGGUGACGAUAUGAAAUUUAUGUAGAAGUAGUAGUAUAUUUUACAGUUCAAAAUGAUCUUGUUUGAUUAACCGUGGAAAGAAAAUUAUCUUUUUUUUUUUUCAACAACAACAAAUCGCUUAAAAAAAUAAAUCUUCUUUCUGUUGAUAAGACUUUUAAUCUAUAUAAAACUUUUCUUGCCUCUCUCAUUCCUAUAUCUACUGACAUGUAUUUAUGAAUUUUUCUCUUGAAGUGUGCAUGAAUAUUGGGUAAGUUAUUAGCAAUAUGAAAAUAUGAAAAUUAUUGACUGAAAGAAUUAUUGACAUGAAAGAUAAUUGACUGAAAUAUCUAAAAAUAAACACAAAAAAUAAAUUAAAAAAAGAUUAAUAUUGGAAAUAUUGAGUUGAUUACACAAUGUCAAUCGUGUUGGAUAGAAAUAUAAACACAGAACAGUAAAUUUAGUUUUAUAGUUUACUGUAAAACAAAGUUCGUAUGUUCAAACCUGUAUUCAUACAAAAUCACUAAUUUUAGUUUAAAAUAUGAUAAUAGAUUUUUAUUCACUUAUAUUUUGCAAAAAAAUAAAAAUUUUUUAAUAUCAAUAUGAGAAAAUGUUUAAGAAAAUAAAUAAAAACAUAAUAUUUUGAAUUAAUCGUUCUAUCUAUGUACUUCAAAUAUUGCUUAUUUUCUAAUAAAAACAACAAAAACAACAACAACAUUUAAAUUAUCCAUAAAUUUAUCUAUUUUCACAUUUUUCUACUAUUAAUAAUUUUUAACUAUUUUCCAUAUUUAACACAGAUUUAGACAAAAAAUAAAAAUUAGAAAAAAUCAUAGAGAAAGAGUACAACGAUUCGAUUAAUCAAAAAAAAAAAUAUAUAAAUAGUUAGAAUAUUAUUUUUAGUGUAACACACGCUACUACUUGAUCACUGUUUGACAUUUGUAAUGAAUAAGAAUGACGAUGUAUAUAACUUAACCAUUUUCUUAUAGUUUAUGAUAAACUUGAAGCUAUUCAUCAGUUUAACUGCUGUAUAGUAACAAAUCAUUCUGUUCUGGUUUUAUGUCAUUUCCUUCCGGAUUUUGUUGCAUAUAUAAUAUAGAGAGAUAAGUAUUAUUAUUAUUUUUUUUUUUUUUGAAAGAAAAAUGAAAUGAUGUAUCUCUGCAAAUUUUUUUUUUUUCUUCUAUGAAUACCCUUUACCAUCAUAAAUCGUAAGUAGACUCAAUAAAAAAGAAAAAAAAAGAAAAAAACUGUUAAAAAAAGACAUUCAAUUUUCUUUCUUAUAUGUUGAUUUUAUUUAAUUUUUAAAAAGUCAAUAUUACAGUUUAUAUAAAGUCUUUAAUGAUUAUUAGUAAAAGUAGUUCAUUAGGAUUGUACAUUUUUACAUUUAAUAAUUUAUUAGUGAAUAAAUAAAUAAAUAUUUAGUCAUUAUGGCUUAUUAAUUUGUUUAUUAAAAUUCAAAAAGUUGUCUUUCAUUUGAUUUUUCUUGUUUUAAUGGUAAAUAUUUUUUUAUACUAAAUAUCUAAGUACAUUUUUUUUUUUGAAUCUAUCAGAGAGUUAAUUAAUUUUUCUUUUUUUAGAACUCUGUUAGUCAAAAAUGUUGUUGUAGUAGUCUAACAAGAACUAAUGAAUUUAUCAAUGGCUUGUAUGUAUAUCAUACGGUUAUAUGUCUAAAAUAUGUUAGUUAAUCGAGUAUUGCUGUAGAUGAUCAGUCCGGAAAUAAGAUUGUAUUUACGUUUUAUCAUCUAAAAUGGAAUGUUGAAUUAAAAACAACAGCAGCAAUCAAGAAAUGAGACUAUUUUGUAGCACAUUUAUUUAGUAUAAAUGAAAAGUAUAUAUAACUUUAUGAUCGCAAUUAUAACAAACAAAUAUCAUUAAGAAAUAUUUAGAUGGAUAUUAACAUUCUAUGGCUAUUAGACUAAAACUGACAUAAAUGUUUGCAUUUAAUUUCUUUUUAUAUCUUGGAAUUUUUAAGGAAUACAAGUGGUGAAUAGAAAUGUUCUUAGAAAAAUAAAAUACAGACAACAAUGUACUUCAUCUUUGAAGAUGGAUCCGGUUUUACACUAGAGUAAGCGUCAUUCUAUUUUUUUUUUUCCUUCGACUUUAUAGAACAUAAAAUAGUUAGAAAAAAGAUUUAAAUUCUUUAGAUGUUCAAUGUUAUUAUUUCUAUUUGUCAAACUAUUUUAAACAUUAAACGUAAAAGCAUAUUCUAUUAUGCACCUUACUUAUAAAUUUUUUAAUACCUUUAGCAAGAUAUCGUUUUUAAUAGAAACAGAAAACAGGUAGUGUUAGUAGUAUAAUUUCGACAUAGUGUGUGUGUGUGUGUUCAAUGGUCGAUCUUCAUCCAUUUACAUGAGUAUAUCUUAUUUAAAUGUAAGUUAAUUAUAAACAACGUGUGAUUUGUCCUCUCUAACCUUAGAGAAACAGAAGAGAACAUAAAUAAAUCGAAUUGUUUCGUUUCGAUGGAUUAAUAAAUGAACUAGAAGAAAACUGUUAUUAUUAAUAACGAAAAAAAAAGAAAAAAAAAAAAAAUGACGAAUGAACAAUGAAUAUUUUCGAUAAGCUUAACAAAAGCUUCAUUAAGAAUUUUCCCAUUGUUUAUGUAUUUAUUAAUAUUGAAACACUCUAUAUAUCGUAUAAAUUUUCCUUCUCGGCGUUGUUUUGUCAAUCUAACAAUAGUCUCUUUAAUACUUGUUUUAAUAAAAAUAUAAAUAUCUAUUUUGACUAUCACACAUAUAUACUUGACAAAAACUCAACAAUAACAGAAAAACAAAGUUAUAUGAUAUUUUAUUGAGAAACUCAUGAAUUUUUCAAGUAUUUUUGAAGUGAAUAUAUGUAAUGUAGAACAAUGACGGGUAAACACUUCUCUAAAAAAAGAACUUUCACAGGUAUCAUUUGUGUGUGUGUGUGUGUGUGUGUGUGUGUGUGUGGUAUGUAUAUCGUCUCAUAAAUCGUUGUCAGCAUUAUAUUCAUUUCUUAUUCAAGAUCGGUUAUAUGUAUAUUUUUAUUUCCCGUUAGCUUGUUAUAACAGACUGUUUAAAUCAGUUGUUAUCAAAAACACUAAAUCUAUAUCUACCUUCAAGGUUAUAGAUGUAAAAUAAUUAGUAUAAAAAAUAAAAAUAAACCUAUGUUUGUAUAUAUCUAUCUAUUGGCAAAAUGAUCAUCGUUUCCCUUUGUUUAUUCUUAAUCGACAAUGAGAUAAUAAUAAUCAUAACAUGAUGUGUGUUUUAUAUUAUUAUCUUGUCGAUUUUUGCUGUUUUUUUGACGUUGAAAUUGGACUGGUGAUAACGAUGACAACAUUUAUUGAUCGCUUAUUAAUAAUGUUAUACACACCUCCCUAGAAUAUAGAGAUCGAUUUAUUCAGAUCUGUCUAGUUUUCUAGAUGUGUGAACUAUCGUUUUAUCUAUUAUAACGAUUCUAUAUUCAAUUUAGUAUGUAUUGAUAGUUGUUUAAUUACAAACAAUGAUGUUCAUAUUAUUUUUUAAAUAAUUUAUCACAACGUAAUGAAAGCCAAUCUUUGUUGCAUCAUAUCUAUUUCUUCAUCCCUCUAUUAUUUAAAAACGGCGAUAAUUAUCGAUGAGCAACAAUCUUCUUUUAUCUUAUGCAAUAACCGCAAAUCGAUCGAUUCAACAUCUUAAUUAUAGUGAACGAAAACAAACUACCAUACUUUUUCUACUAAAAUCUACAACAUUAACCAAUAAACAUCUUUAUCAUAUUGCAUCAUCAUCAUCAAAUACGUCUUUAUAUAACAGUACUCUUCAAUCAUUAUCAACGAUAUUUUCAUUAGAAUCAAAUUAUACAAAUUCUUCAUCAAUAAUAUUAAAUUUAACAAAUCAUCCAGCUGUUGGUGUUUUUCUAUCUCUCUUUUGUUUUAUAACCGUUUUUGGUAACGGUCUUGUUAUAUACGCCAUUUCUCAAGAACGUUAUCUCAAAUCUGCAACCUAUUAUUAUAUGGCUUCAUUGGCAUGUGCUGAUUUAUUUGUUGGAUUAAUUGUAAUGCCAUUUUCUAUUGUACAAGCUUUGUUUGGUGAAUAUUGGCCAUUUGGUAAACUUUUUUGUGAUCUGUGGCAUUCAUUUGAUGUAUUUGCUAGUACAGCGUCUAUUUUGGAUCUUUGUGUUAUUGCCUUAGACAGAUAUUCUGCCAUAACAAAUCCAAUUUCCUAUCAUCGAACAUUUUUUGUUAAAUAUUGGCCAUUUUUAGUAGCUGGUGUUUGGCUUUGUUCAGGUUUAAUAUCAUUUCCAGCUAUUGUCUAUUGGCGUCUUGUUGUUAAUCAAUAUGAAAUAAAUCGUUGUUCAUUUCCUGAUGAUAUUUAUUAUACCAUAUUUUCAUCAUUAAUAUCGUUUUAUAUUCCAUUAUUUGUAAUGAUUUUUGUGUAUAUACGUAUAUAUCGUGCAGCUGUUAAACAACUACAAGCAUUUAAAACGGGCAUAAAAAUGGCAUCGCCUAAAAAAAAUCGUGAAGGUGUUAUCACAGUACCAGAAGUAUGUUUAAGAAUUCACAAGGGUAAAUAUCAUGGUAUUGCAUUAAACAACGAUCAACAACGAAUAUCACAUAAUUUACAAACCGGUGAUCUUGUACUAGGCGGUAUUAAAAAGUCAAUUAGUGGAGUAUCAUUUUUAAGAGAACGACGUGAUUCAUCAUUCUCAAGACAUUCAAUGCCUUUAUUACCAUCUGGUGAACAUAAAGACUCAUCACCACGUUUAUCAACAAUGAGUACAUCUACAAAACGUUUAUCUAAUAUUGAUAUAAAUGAUCAAAGAAGUUCAAAAUCAAUUUCAUCAAUAGGAAAACGAUUAACAAAAUUUUCUAGAGAACAAAAAGCUACAAUAACUCUUGCAUAUGUUAUGGGUAUAUUUGUUUUAUGUUGGCUACCAUUUUUUGUUUAUAAUCCUCUAACAGCUAUUGUUAAACAAAUUAUUAAUCGUAAACAACAUUCUUCUAUACAGACAAAUAAUAUUUUACUUGGAAAUGAUAUUAUUUUUCAAAUAUUUACAUGGUUAGGUUAUGUUAACUCAGGUGUAAAUCCCAUUAUUUAUGCAUUUUCAUCACGUGAUUUUCGUCGAGCUUUUAUUAAAUAUCUUUGUCGAUGUUUUCCAGUGAGUAUGAGAACAUUUUUUAUGACAUAUAAUAAUAUAAAUUUAUUACGUUAUCGUCGUACACCAAAUUCUAUUGUAUCUGUUGGUGAACUAAAUACAGAUACAAUAUCGGAUACGAUUAAUGGUACACCAAAUAUAAAACAACAUUCUAAUGAUAGUCGAACGAUAAAAAAUCGAAAUAUUUUGUUUAAUGCAUUUCAUAGUUGUAUUCAGGCAAGACAAUUAAAACAACGUCAACGAAAAAGAUCUCGAUUAUUAUCCUCUACAAAAAGUACAACAAAUAAUUUUACUCUUGUUGAAUAUUGUACAUAUCAUGAUUUAAGUAUAACAAAAAUAACGUGUGUAUAA